GCUCCAUCGAAUCUUCAUCGGCGUCCGCAAUGCAUCUCACCGUAUCUCUACCCCCGAUCAGAUCGCGUCCCAGCCUGCUUGCUAACUGAACCGCGCCUUAUGUAAUCGCGCCCCCGUUCUCGCUUGCCACCCAGUUACCCAAUUCGUAUCUAUCCGGUACGUACCUGUCCUGCCUGCGCUGUUAUACGCAUCUCCCCUCGCCGUCGUCAUCGGCCAUACCUGAAGCUAUUGUCGUCGCCGUCGCAAUUCUUUACACCCACCCACCUGCGAGCACCCGCCUCGUUCCCCAACCCUCAUCUACCAUCCUUCCCCGAGGCCAUUCUCUUCCUCUCUCUUCUCCCAAUCACCCCAUAAUACAUCCAUCAUGACUUUCGCGACCGAAAUCCACACCUUCCACUCGGGCCGGCCCCAACCGGAAUCCUCUUCCUCCACGUCCACCUUCACCUCGGUCGACCCCAGCACCGCGAAGCCCCUCGCUACCAUCUACACCACCACUCCUGCCCAGCUCAACGACACCAUCGCUGCAGCUCAGGCUGCUUUCCCCGAGUGGUCUCAGACCCCGGCUCCCCGCCGUGCCGAAAUCCUGCUGCGCGCCGCCGCCAUCCUCCGAGAGCGCAACGACGAGCUCGCCCUCACCGAGACCCUCGACACCGGCAAGGCUUGGUCUGAGACCUCCACCGUCGACGUCGUCACUGGCGCCGACGUCCUCGAAUACUAUGGCCACCUCGCUGCUGGCAGCCUCCCCGGACACCACACCCGCCUGCGGGCCGAUGCCUUCAUCCUCACAAGCCACGAGCCUCUCGGCGUCUGUGCCGGCAUCGGUGCCUGGAACUAUCCCAUCCAGAUUGCUCUGUGGAAGUCGGCCCCGUGUCUCGCUGCCGGUAACUGCAUGGUCUACAAGCCCAGUGAGGUGACGCCUCUCCAUGCAAACACCCUCGCCCAAAUCUACAUCGAGGCUGGUGUGCCCCCUGGUGUCUUCAGUGUUGUCUACGGCGAUGGGCCCAGCGUUGGCGCCCCCCUUGUCGCUCAUGAAGGCAUUGCCAAGGUCAGCUUCACUGGCCAGGUCAGCACCGGCAGCAAGGUUGCCAGCGAGGCUGCCAAGGGCAUGAAGGGCAUCACCAUGGAGCUUGGCGGCAAGAGUCCUCUCGUCAUACUGCCCGAUGCAGACAUCGAUGAGGCCGCAGAUGUUGCCAUGGUUGCCAACUUCUUCUCCACCGGCCAGGUGUGCACAAAUGGAACCCGCGUCUUUGUCCCCGAUAAUCUGCUGAGUAAGGUCGAGGCAGCCUUGGUUGAGAGGUGCCGCGAUGGCCUUCGCAUGGGCCUGCCCAGAGAUGAAAAGACCAACUUUGGCCCCAUGGUCAGCGCCGCGCAACAGGAAAAGGUUAAGAUGUACAUCCAGCUUGGCCGAGAUGUCGACCGGGCUAGAGUCCUCUAUGAUGGUUCCCUAGCCGCUCAGAAGACAUUGCCGACGGCGGAUGGCUUCUGGGUUCCCCCAGUCAUCUUUACCGACUGCACGGACGAGAUGCGCAUUACUCGUGAGGAGAUAUUUGGUCCUGUCAUGUGCAUCCUACCCUACAAGACCGCUGGGAUGGAUACUGAGGAUUGGCUGCCACCGCUUAUUGCACGAGCCAACGACACUCCCAUGGGCUUGGCUGCUGGCGUUGUCUCGUCCGAUGUCGGGUUGGCUCAAGAUGUUAUCAAGAAGCUCGAUGCUGGCAUCACUUGGAUCAAUACCUGGGGUGAGUCUCCUGCUGAGAUGCCUGUGGGUGGAUGGAAGAUGAGCGGCGUCGGGGUUGAGAAUGGUAUCGAGGGAAUUCGGGCCUACAUGAGGACCAAGAGCACCCUAGUACAGCUCGGCAAGGGCGCGUGCAAGGGCGUAUUUGCCAAGCUGUAGACGAUUUGACGAUACCCAUGUAGAACUGAACGAUUAAAACUGCUACGAUAGACUUAUUUUUGGCGCCAUGAUAUCGUGCUUUGUUAUAUCAUUUUC